CACAAAAAUUGUGUAUCACUAGCCGGAUUCUUCCAACACAGCGUUUGUUUCGUUACCUUGGGGGUGGACCCACUGUAUAGCACAUUUGGACUUAUCUUCUGCAAGAAAACAAAACAGGCACUCGAAGAGGAUUAAGUGUAACGAAUCGAAUUAGUAUUUAGACUAGUGUUUUUCUGGAAUAAAACACAGCUCAUCGCCACCUGCAAGCCCACCUGGCAAGAUCAAGUAGCAAACUAGGCAGUUAGAAAGUGGGGCCUGCGUCGCAAAGUAGCGAACGUGUUUAAGCCUUGGACUCAAGUGGAAGUUCCAAGCGGACUUCUGAACUCUGUCCGCCUGCGAAGUCGCCCGUCAGCGGGGCCGAGGCUCUUGUAGCCGGCCCUGUGGAUGAGGAAGUGAAAAGAAAGAACCCACCCAGGAGCCUGGAUCCUCGCUGAUGGGAGAGUCCUCUCUCCUGGACUCCUGGGUGAAUCAGCGCUCUGUGAUGAUGGAUGAGCAGGAGGCUCUGAACUCGAUCAUGCAGGACCUGGCCGAGCUGCACCGCUCCAGCCGCCCCACCAUGUCCCUGGCUGACCUGGCCAAGCCCAAGGCCUCCUCGCCCAAAAACCAGAACGAUGUUCGAGUGAAGUUUGAGUACAGAGGUGAAAGGAGAAUCCUGCAGUUCCCUCGUCCCGUCAAGCUGGACGACCUGGGGAACAAGGCCAAGGUGGCCUUUGGGCAAGCCAUGGACCUGCACUACACCAACAACGAGCUGGUUAUCCCGCUCACUACGCAGGAGGACCUGGACAAGGCGGUCGAGCUGCUGGACCGCAGCGUCCACAUGAAGAGCCUGAAGAUCCUGUUGGUGCUGCAGGGCUCCACCCAGAGCUCGACAGCUCACAUGGAACUCUUGCCAUCUCUGGAGGACCUGGACAACACAGCCUUCAGAGGGACUGACAAGAAGACCAUGCUAGAUCUGAUUGGCUCCCACUCCACCGACCGCAGCUCGCCCCCACCUGGGUACAUCCCAGACGCCCUGCAGCAGGUCGCCCGAAACGGCUCAUUCACCAGCAUCAACAGCGAGGGAGAAUUCAUCCCAGAGAGCAUGGACCAGAUGCUGGACCCCUUGUCUAUGAGCAGCCCAGAGAACUCUGCGUCCGGCAGCUGUCCCUCCCUGGACAGCCCACUGGACAGCGACAACUACCCCAAAUGCCGCAUGCCUCGAGCUCAGAGCUACCCUGACAAUCACCAGGAGUUCUCAGAGUACGAUAUCCCAGUGUUUGAGAAAAUUGCCAAAGGAGGGACAUACCCCAGACGAUACCACAUUUCCUUCGGUCACCAGGACUACAGCGACGGGCGGAAGACGUUCCCUCGGGCGCGGCGCACGCAGGGCCACAGCCUGCGCUCCCCGGUCAGCUUCAGCCCCACCGAGCAGCAGAGCCUGAGCACCAGCAGCGGGAGCAGCGUCUUCACCCCCGACCUGGAGGAGGCGGGGCGCCGUCGCCGCGGCAGCGACAUCGACACAAACCCCACCCUCUCGGUCAUGGACAUCAGCCCGCCCAGCCGCUCUCCGCGCGCUCCCACUAACUGGCGCCUGGGCAAGCUGCUGGGCCAGGGCGCGUUCGGCCGGGUCUACCUGUGCUACGACGCCGACACGGGCCGCGAGCUGGCCGUCAAGCAGGUGCAGUUCGACCCGGAGAGCCCCGAGACCAGCAAGGAGGUGAGCGCUCUGGAGUGCGAGAUCCAGCUGCUGAAGAACCUGUUCCACGAGCGCAUCGUCCAGUACUACGGCUGCCUGCGCGACACGCAGGAGAGGACCCUCUCCAUCUUCAUGGAGUACAUGCCUGGGGGCUCCAUUAAGGACCAGCUGAAGUCGUACGGCGCCCUGACGGAAAACGUCACGCGCAAGUACACCCGGCAGAUCCUGGAGGGCGUGUCCUACCUGCACAGCAACAUGAUCGUGCACCGAGACAUCAAGGGGGCCAAUAUUCUGCGAGACUCGGCGGGGAACGUGAAGCUGGGCGACUUCGGGGCCAGCCGGCGCCUGCAGACCAUCUGUCUCUCCGGGACGGGGAUCAAGUCUGUGACCGGCACCCCCUACUGGAUGAGUCCGGAAGUGAUCAGCGGGGAGGGCUACGGCAGGAAGGCGGACAUCUGGAGCGUGGGCUGCACGGUGGUGGAGAUGCUGACGCAGCGCCCCCCCUGGGCCGAAUUCGAGGCGAUGGCGGCCAUCUUUAAGAUCGCCACGCAGCCCACGAACCCUGUGCUGCCGGCGCACGUGUCGGAGCACUGCCGGGACUUCCUGCGCCGCAUCUUCGUGGAGACCAAGCAGCGCCCGGCCGCCGAGGACCUCCUCCGACACAUCUUCGUGCACUAGCCCCUCCCCUCGCCGGGAGGCCCCGCCCCCACCCCCCUUUGCCCCACCC